GCAUGAAACCCGGCUGUGGUGAUACCAUCCCAAUAUGUCGCUCAGCACAGCCAUAAGCUGACCUCACUGGUCCUCUAUAUUCUUUUCGAGAACCCUUCUUUUGUAACCAUCCCAUUCCCCAGUAAUUUAUUAUGAAGAAAUCGUCUUAGGUACUUCAAUAUCGUCGUCAACAAGACUCAAGGCCGCCUAGGUAACUUGUCUUUCCCUUCGAUAAUAUGGCGAACCCAUUAACGCCGGAUGAAAUAGCGUAUAUGCUGGCGCACGAAGAUGACACUCUUGUGCCCAACAUAUACGCGUGCAGUAUCGCGACGGGAGUCGCAUCUGUUUUCGUUAUCCUCAUACGGAUUUGGGCACGACGUGUCGCCCAUGGUCGGAUAGUAUUAAACACAAGUGACUGGCUAAUAAUGAUAGCGUGGGUCUGUUAUAUCGCCGCUCUUGUCAGCUUUUCGCUAUCAGCAGUAUACGGAUUAGGGAAGCAUAUCAUCUUCGUCACGGACGCAAGAAAUCUUCGGAUUUGGGGCAUUAUCCUCGAAGUAUUUUACUAUUUCUCUAUUGGCUUCAUAAAGUUCAGUAUCCUGAGCUUCUACGGCGCAAUCUUCGCCUCGAAGCGCUUUCACAUCUAUCUAUGGAUCAUCUCGGCAUUUGUCGCCGCUUGGUUUAUCUCAUCAACAGUCGUAUCGAUAUUUCAGUGCACGCCGAUCGAAUUUGCUUGGGACACGACUAUCCCAGGCGGAUUUUGUAUCAACUACGGCUUGCUAGUACUUAUUGCUGGCGUAAUCAACGUUAUAACCGACUUCGUCAUCCUUGCGCUACCUAUUCCUAUGAUCCUGCGACUCCAGGUCUCGAAGCAAAAAAGGACCCAGCUGAUUUUUAUAUUCGCCACGGGUAGCAGCGCUUGUAUCGUCAGUAUUAUUAGGUUGGCGUAUAGUCUUGUCGUUAGCUCAACGUCGGAUGUUAGCUGGGACAAUGUCAAUCCAGGCUUCGUAUCUGCUACUGAGCUCCUAGUCGGAAUUUUAGCGGCCUCGAUUCCGACGUACGGACCUCUUUACCGGCGCUACAUUACAGGCACUACGAUGAAAAGCUCCCAGCACUCUGGUCGUCAUAGCAAAAGCCAUAUGUCUCAACAACCUUAUAAUGCCAACAUAUCGGUUACUGGAGCCGGUAUCAUCAGUGGCCCCGGGGUCCAUAUCACCGACGAGAUUGAGCUUACUCGGCAUGAGCUUAGAAAUGGGGCUUGGGUUCGGAUAGCGGAUUAAAAAGUUAUGACUUGGAAUUUGGGGAUACCCGGUGACUGCUCGAAUCCAAAUGCCAAGAUAUUGGGGGCGAAGUUAUUCAGGGCUAUGUGAUUGGAGACAGAUCCUGAGCAGAAGGAAGGUUCCCCUUGUAAUUGAUAAGCACAUAUGUAAAAUAUUGGCACACAUGUAAAUAUAGGAUACCCGGUGCACAUACUGAUGAACACUUUACCUAAUAGCUACUAUCUAGCAUUACAGAUAUACGUCUCUUCUACUAUUUACAGAAUGAUUCGGCAAC